GUUGUCUGUUGAAUUGUGACAGAGAGAGACAGAGUAAUAAAGAGUGAGAGGGAGAAUUGGGGCGAGGGAAAAAAACAAGGAUAACAACACAGAGACACCGAUACUCCCGCCACUUCUUCGUUCCUUCGUCUUCCAGUUUUACUUUUUGCACCGUCAUGGCCCAUUAAGACUGAACAUUUUGCAAAUUGAAUUCGCACCCGUUGUUUUUUGUGGAAUCAAUUUUUUACGUCACUCUCUCGAUUGAUAAUCGGCGAUGGCUGAGAGUGAAAAAUUACUCCUAAUCACGAAUGAUGGGAUGAAAAAGUGCGAUGAAUGUCAAUACGCGGAGAAUUGUGAUUCUGCAUUUGAGUUAUUUUCGUUACUUUGCAUAACUACUGUGAUGCCAACUGAUGUAGAGUGUCUCUUACCUACGGGUUAUUCGUCCGAUUGUUGAGAGGUGAUGGGCAAAGAUGUUUCCAACCGAGGGAAUCAACAGACCAGUUGCGUCGAUACAAAACACAUAGCUGUGAUGAUAGUUACGGACAACCGGUGGAACUUGUUAACCAGCGAUUCCAAUUUAUUAAUUGUUUCACUUGUGCCAACAGUAGCCCGCUCGCAGCGGGUUAUCUUCCACUUGUACACAUGAUUAUUUUCGUGGAAUGGGAAAGAAUACCGAUGAUCCAUGAGUGCAUUUCAUGAUUGAAUACAGACAUUGAUGAACAUUCAUCAUUUGAUCGAGGUAGACACAAAAUUUAGAGGUGAAAUCACUGUCAUGAAGGAUAUGGGAUUGGCAGAUGCUGAUUUGAGCAUGGGUACCGGGGGCACAGGGGGUUCGGUCCUCGGUAUUCCAGGAUCAGGUGUUGGUGGUGGUGUUUUAUCGCAACACUGUGCCAUUUGUGGUGAUAGAGCAACCGGCAAACAUUAUGGUGCGGCGUCGUGCGACGGUUGCAAAGGAUUUUUCCGGCGUUCAGUCAGGAAAAAUCAUCUCUACACGUGCAGAUUCAGUCGAAACUGUGUGGUGGACAAGGACAAGCGCAACCAAUGUAGAUACUGCAGGCUAAGGAAGUGUUUCAAAGCGGGUAUGAAGAAGGAAGCGGUGCAAAAUGAACGAGAUAGGAUCAGUUGUAGAAGACCCAGCUAUGAAGAGCAAACAAGUAAUGGUGGUGGCCUGUCUGUAGUAUCUUUAUUGCAGGCCGAAAUGCUGAGUAGACAAGUAGUGGCGGCCUUAGAGGUUCAACAACUUGGUAGUCCACACAAUGAGACUGAUCUUAGUAAUAAGCAGAUAGCAAACAUAAACGACGUUUGUGACAGCAUGAAACAACAAUUGUUGAUUUUGGUUGAGUGGGCCAAGUACAUUCCCGCAUUUUGUGAGCUCUCAUUGGACGAUCAAGUUGCUCUAUUGAGGGCCCACGCGGGUGAGCAUCUACUUCUUGGUGUUGCUCGACGCAGUAUGCAUCUCAACGAUGUGUUGUUACUCGGGAAUAAUUGUAUCAUCACAAAAAGCUGUCCUGUCAUAUCAUUGCCAACAGAGGGACGCAAUCAGGAUUUGGAUAUCAGCAGGGUUGGAAUACGUGUGAUGGAUGAGCUAGUUAAGCCACUGAACGAGGUGCAGAUUGAUGAUACCGAAUUUGCGUGUCUCAAGGCCAUUGUAUUUUUCGAUCCAAAUGCUAAGGGCUUGAGUGAGCCAGCACGAAUCAAGCAUCUGCGGUAUCAAAUACAAAUAAAUCUUGAGGACUACAUCAGCGAUCGUCAAUACGACAGUCGAGGACGCUUCGGUGAAAUUCUAUUGACACUGCCAGCCCUUCAAUCCAUCUCCUGGCAAAUGAUUGAGCAAAUACAGUUUGUCAGGUUGUUUGGCGUUGCCCACAUAGACAGUCUACUUCAAGAGAUGCUUUUGGGUGGUGCUAGUACUGAUUUAAAUGGUGGAACAACUCCUCUACCAGUGCCCCAUGCGCCGGAGAGCUAUGUCAGCAGUAAUGAGAGCCCCAGCAGUCCACUCACACCAGCCAACACUGGACCCCUGAGUCCCCAGGAUCACAUGCUCGGUGCUACCAGCCCUGUCAUGAUCCUCCGGGACUUGACAACUUUACCUCAAGACGAUGCCAAUACUGUUGGCAGCUUUCGAUUAUUCAAACAGGAACCCAGUAUGGAAACCGAAACGCCAUUUUGACUAGAGGAACUCUCACUCUACUCGGAUGAUGUUAAACUCUAUGUGCAGUGAUGUGUUGUUUAGGUCUUCGCGAAUGACAUAAUAUCUUUUUGUUUAUAGUUUGGGAUUAAGGUUCUUUUGGGGCAUUCAUCGGUGAUCAGAGUGCCUAACACAGUCACCUCAAAUCGCUCAAUGUUUCUGAUAAUGAUACAUUUAAGUGUUAUCUUUGUUUUUUUCGUUUUAUGUGACGAUACAGGUACUGAGCACAAUGAUAUUUUUACGAACACUUGCUAUCUCUGGUGCUCAAACUUAUUGCUCAAUUUUAAAAUUAGUGAUUACAUUAUCCGUGGUGGAUCAACACUGGGAAGCAUGAUUGGGAUAAUGGAUGGAUGAUAAAUGACAAUCCAGAUUGAUAAAAAUGGUGGAUCUUGAGAGUAAUAAGAGAGUUAUAAUUUUAUUUCCCCAGUGUUGGAGGAAAAACUGUGGAGAUUCUAUCGUUGUUUUGCGCAAAGAUUCUCGUGCAUAAAUGAUUUAUCGCUUCACAUUCUAUGGUAUUAUCGUUAAAGGUAUAUUUUUGAUAAAUGUGUCGUAGAGACAUUGAAUUUUGUAAUUGAGAAAUAUUUUUCAUGAUAUAUAUGUAAAAAAUGCCAUUCCGAUAAUGCAGUUAUAAGUGCAAGCUCACACAUGUAGAAAUAUAUUAUCGUUGUUGUAAAUAAUGCAAAAAUAGAUAGUAAUUGUUCAAGCUAAUCGAAGUUAACUUUGAUUAUUUUUGACGAUGUAAGCCGCUACAAUGCAAUUUAAUUUAGUAACACCAAUUUUCAUAAUUUGGUGGAUUCUUAUGAAUCAGGUAUAAUAGAUUCCAAAGUUCGAUUUAUGAACAGAUGUUAUAAAUUAUUUGAUCAAUCACGGGUGUUUCCCUAUGAAAAGAUUUCACAGUGUAGUUUCACAUUUUGGCCGGACAUGAAAGCAAUAUUAAUUAGAUAAGAUGUUAGAAUGCUCUCAGAUAUUCAGAGAUAUAUUUUCGUGAAGAAAUAAUCUCAAUUAAUGUUAGAAAAUUGCAUCAGGGAUACAAAAAUUAAUUUUCUAGUAGUUUUAGUAUUUGUUGAUAUUUAAUACUUGCAAAAUAUGGAAUAAAUUCGAGGCAAAUUAUGUUUUUUUUUUCGAAAGAGAGGAAUUUUAUUCAAGAUAUCAGUUUGGAGGCAUUGACAGACAUUUCGUUUAAUGAUAUAUGAAUUUUAAUAAUUAGCGUUGGGUUGUGAAUUAAAACUCUAUGCAAGGAAUAUUACAGAAAUAUUUGUUAUCUAAUUAUUUUCAUUCUUGUUUACGAUUUCAUUCUUUAGUUGUAUAUACAAUAAUUUUUAUUUGUUAUUUAAUUACGAAUUCGAUGUUUGUAUAAUUGAAUAAAGGGAUAUGUGAUUUACUA